AUGGGGAGGGCAAGGGGACUGGCCACGGUCCGGGUCGAGGGCAUCCCAAAGGAACCCACUGAGCUCGACCAAAUCACAACCCUUCCCAACGGCCUGCGGGUCGCGUCGGAAGCGCUGCCCGGGUCCUUUGCCGGCGUGGGCGUCUACAUCGAGGGCGGGUCGCGCUUCGAGACGCCCUCGCUCCGGGGCGUGUCGCACAUCAUGGACCGCCUGGCCUUCAAGUCGACGUCGUCCCACACGGCGGACCAGAUGCUCGAGCGCGUGGAGAACCUGGGCGGCAACAUGCAGUGCGCGUCGUCGCGCGAGUCCAUGAUGUACCAGGCCGCCACGUUCAACCGCGCCGUGCCCGAGGCGGUCGCCCUCCUGGCCGAGACCAUCCGCGACCCCCGCAUCACCGACGGCGAGGUGGCCGAGCAGGUCGAGACGGCCCGGUACGAGGUGUCGGAGAUAUGGGGCAAGCCCGAGCUCAUCCUGCCGGAGCUGGUGCACACGGCUGCCUACCGGGACAACACGCUGGGCAAUCCGCUGCUGUGCCCCGAGGAGAGGCUGGCGAGCAUCAGCAGGGACACCGUCACGGCCUACAGGGACGCCUUUUACCGCCCGGAGCGCAUGGUGCUGGCCUUUGCGGGCGUCGACCACGGCGCCGCCGUCGGGCUGGCCAGGCAGUUUUUCGGAGACAUGAGCUCCAGCUCGCCCCGCGCGGCCGCCGCCGCCACCACCACCUCUUCGGCUUCGUCCGAGACGUCCGACAUGUCCGCCGACGAGUCGACGACGACGACGACGACGACGACGAAGAGCUAUUCCUCAUCCGUCUCGUCGAGCCCCCAGCCCCCAUCAUCAUCAUCAUCAUCAUCAUCAUCAUCAUCAUCAUCACCAUCAUCAAGACUAAUGUCCAAAAUCCCCUUCUUCAAAAACAUAUCCACCUCGGCUCCUCGAACCGCCUCCGUCCUCGCCGCCACGCCUGCCUCCCCCGACGUCAACUAUGCCGCGCCGUCCCGCUACACGGGCGGCUUCCUCGCCCUGCCGCCGCAAGCGCCGUCCCUCAACAACACAAACUUCACGCACAUCCACAUGGCCUUUGAGGGCCUGCCCGUGGGCUCCGACGACAUAUACGCCCUCGCCACGCUGCAGACCCUCCUGGGCGGCGGGGGCUCCUUCUCCGCCGGCGGGCCCGGAAAGGGCAUGUACUCGCGCCUGUACACCAACGUGCUCAACCAGCACGGCUGGGUCGAGUCGUGCGUGUCCUUCAACCAUUCCUACACCGACUCGGGCCUCUUCGGCAUCGCCGCGUCCUGCCUCCCCGGCCACACGUCCGCCAUGCUCGACGUCAUUUGCCAGGAGCUGCGGGCGCUCGCCCUCGACACCGGCUUCUCCCGCCUGCAGGAGGGCGAGGUGCGCCGCGCCAAGAACCAGCUCCGCAGCAGCCUGCUCAUGAACCUCGAGUCGCGCAUGGUCGAGCUCGAGGACCUGGGCCGCUCCGUCCAGGUGCACGGCCGCAAGAUCCCCGUCCGCGACAUGUGCAGGCGCAUCGAGGACCUGACGGUCCGCGACCUGCGCCGCGUCGCCGCCAUGGUUGUGGGCGGCGCCGUGCGCAACCCCGGCGCCGGCAGCGGCGCCCCGACCGUCGUGCUCCAGGAGGCCCAGGCCUACGGGCUGACGAGCCACUCCAUGACGUGGGAUCAGAUACAGGACCGCAUCGACGGCUGGAAGUUGGGCAGGAGCUGA